UUGAACACUAAAAUCAAGAUGGAGGUAUAAAGAGAAGCGUGUGUUACACCUCGUGAAUUAUUCUGCCUGCAUUCUGCCCUAGAGACAUCGAAUGAUGAGAAAUAUUGUAUUUGCCUAAAAUUCUUCAGUUUACUUAAAAAAUUUACUGUACUCCACCAGUUGACUGACAGUGGAAUUGACAUUACCUCCUGUCGAAAGAUACCUGCCACAGUGCAAAAUGGCUGCCGCGACAUAUCAAGGAUCUGUUCCUACAAGAAGGGAAGAGACAGGAAGGCAGCUUCAAACUAGAGUCCUUCACAGCAAUCAAGUAUAUCCUCAAGAUAAACAAAUGAUGCCAACAAGACAAUCGAUUGCUUGCACAAAAGCAACAGAGUGCCCCUUGGGGAGUAAGGGCGAGAGGACAGGGAAAGAACAAGAGCUUUUAGAUUUAGAGUUCAUCGAUAAAAUGAUGGAAUAUGGAAAAUUUAAACACAUCUUACAAGCGCGUUUAGAGGAAAUGCGAAAGAUUGAAGCAUUUGUGGAGAGGGAUAUAGAAGACCUACAAAGAGAUUAUGAGAAGACUAAGAAAGCCACAAAGGAGAAGUUAGAAGAGCUGAUUAAGCUUAGAGCAUUUGUGGAGAGGGAUAUAGAAGAUCUACAAAGAGAUUAUGAGAAGACUAAGAAAGCCACAAAGGAGAAGAUUGAAGAACUGGAUGAGCUUAGAGAGUGUGCGGAAAGGUAUGAAAAAGAGCUCAUGGAAGUCAUUGAAGAUGAUGAAGAGAAAUGGAAAGACCAUAGAGGUUUAAACAAAGAGGAUCAUUUUGAGAAUGACGAAAAAUUGCCAGUCGAUUCACAUAAACGCACGCUACUACAAAGACUGAAAGGUCGCUGCUGUAAUGGCCCGUGAUCUUGUUUCUCGUGCGGGGGAAAUCAACUUUAAAAGAGUUAAUGUCAGUAGAAUGGUCCCAGUUUAUUGUUUCUAGAUGAGAACCGAUACAAUUCUGAUUUCAUUUAAGACUUACGUUAACUUGCAUAACUGACUGACUGACUGAUACGAAUGUGGAAGGUUGUGAACUCAGUGCGAUGACCUCAUAUGUACCCCUCCUGUAACCGACGGUAACUGUGGCAAAGUGAUUUGGUUCAAUUCCAGUCACACAUGACCGAAAAACUACUUUCCCUACCCAUCCGUCUAUAUGUUGAAGCUUAGUGGGGAGAUACAACACUCUAACUAUA